CCAAGAUUGACAGGCAUUAUCUGAAUCAAAAGAACAGAGCUCUGCCAAAUCAGUUUUGGAAAUUUUGAAGUUUAAAUGGGGGUCUUUGGAUAUUUGCAUAUGAAAGGCCGCUCCACAAGUCACUGAAGUCAGGAGUGUGUUUUGAAGUCGCUUUUUGAGUGCCAUGGCUUCCUCUCUUGAACCACUUGCACAGGCGACAAAUCGCACUCUUAACAGCCGAGAACUCCGAGAAAAAUACAACAGCUACAUCCAUGCAGACCCUGCCCUCGUUGAAUCAAGAAGAUGGAUAGAGGUAAGUUUUCUAUGCUUCACAGCUAGUUACAUUAUUUGCAUAUCUGUUUGCCGCGCAGUCGUUAAUCACUUCUUCAUCGUUCCAUGCUGCCCAAGGUGUAAUUUGUUUGCUUUACAGGAGGUGACGAGAAGAGAAUUUAAGAGCGACAACUUUCGAGAAUCAUUGGCAGAUGGCAUUCUUCUUUGCGAGUUAAUAGAGAUUGUUGGAGGCACUUCACUAGGUCGUAUAAACCGUCUUCCAACUGCAUACGCUGGAAUUGACAACCUUAACUUGUUUUUUAAAGCAUGCGAGAGGCUGGGACUGAAGAGGCUUCACCUGUUUGACACCACUGAUCUACAAGAAGUGACGUCACGGCGGGGUGAAUCAAUAACUUCAAGAGCAAAAGAAACACAACGAAGGCUACAGAAUGUCGCGAUCACAAUAUUGUGGUUAGCCAAAGCUGCCCGGAAGCAAGGUUAUCAAGGGCCAGCUCUUGAUGUCAGUUGUUUUAACCAUCUAAUUCCGGAGGCGCAUUUUCACAGCAAGAAGCAGCGAGGAACACGGAAGAGACACUCAUUGGGGGAUCUGGAAACUAAAUCACGUGGUUCUGAAAAUAUUCCACAAAGAAAGAGGGACCGAGUGUUUGAUAAGAUCGACAUUAAAGACAGAAAGGAGAAAUUUCAAAGUCUUGAAAAGGAAGCAAAGCAGGAAUCUGCGGCUUUAGAUUUAAAUAGACGAAGAUCGACUGGAGGGAUUCUAAAAAGACAAGAGGAGGAGAGGAUACGGCGCUAUAAAGAUAACAAUCAACUCAAAUCUAAUAUGCCAGAUCCAAAGUUUCACGAAAAAAAAGAAUUGUUCAACCGGCGAGAUCACGUAGUGAGUAUUACUAGUGAUAAAAUUUGACGUUUUAGAUUCGCGCGUAUUUUGGAGAAAUAUUUUAUAAAAGCAAUUAAGGUAAUUCCUC